UUCCGGCCGCACGAGUCCUUCCGGGGCGUGGGUCACCAUGGCGGCGGCCUUGGCUCGGCUCGGACUCGGCCCUGUCAAGCAGGUUCGGGUUCAAUUCUGCCCCUUCGAGAAGAACGUGGAGUCGACAAGGACCUUCCUCCAGGCCGUGAGCAGCGAGAAAGUUCGCAGCACCAACCUCAACUGCUCGGUGAUUGCAGACGUGAGGCACGACGGCUCCCAGCCCUGCGUGGACGUGCUGUUCGGAGACGGGCAUCGUCUGAUUAUGCGCGGCGCGCACCUCACCGCCCAGGAAAUGCUCACAGCCUUCGCCUCCCACAUCCAGGCCAGGGCCGCGGCGGGGAGCGGGGACAAGGCGGGCGCCGGUACCGGGCGCUGACAGCGCGGAAGAGACCAACAAGCAGAUUUUAGCCUAAGACUGCCAAGGACACUUACCUGAGAAGAGCUUGUCUUAAUUACUCAAAUCAUUAUCUGGAAGGCCUUGGAGCGCCAAAAUAAAGAAAGAGGCCUGUGACUAUAAAUCCAA